AGCGAUGAACAGUGAAGAGAAAAGAUCAACGAUCGAGGAUGAAGGAUCAAUGAUUGUGUGUGUAGUGGGAAGGAGUAGAAGAAGAAGAAGUAGUUUGAGUUGAGUUCGCGGAAGCACCCUGAGCCUGUGUCAGUGUCUGCAAUUACUAUUGAGUAUUGAGUAAAGAGUAAAGAAUGAAGAGGAACAUGGUCAAAAAAAUAUCAGAACACCAACCCUCUUACCUUCCUUCCCAUUCCCAUUCCCAUUCCAACUCCCACAUCGCUAACCCACCAACCCCUCCAUUUCCAUGACUCCUCUCAACCCUUUCAUCCUCCUCCUCCUCUUCUGCUUCCUUUCUCUCCCAUACUCUUCCUUAUCCGCCUGUCCCCUCAACUUCACCGUCCUCGGCACCACCAAGCCUUCCUCCUUUGACUCCUCCCGCUGCCAGGUCAUCAGCCAGGCCCUCCGCCUCGUCCAGUCCGACUACCUUCGCCGCAGCGGCUUUUUCCUCGCGCCCUCCAACGCCUCCGACUCCUGCUGGCUAAGCUUCCAGUCCUACGUUAACCUCUUCGACCCCACCUACAACAUUCGCUCCUCCUGUGGCUACCAAACCUCCUGGAUCUCCCAGGGCUGCGUCAACGUCACCACCAGACAGGAGUUCGAAGCUCUGGUUCCUCAAUCCGCUCUUCAGUCCGUAGGAAAAAACUGCAAUCAAUCGCUCGAGAAUAAUUCUCCCUGCGCCCUCUGCACCUCCUCCCUCUCCUCUAUCCCGCACUUGGGACAGUCCAUCGGCAACCUCACCAGCUGCACUGACUACUCUUCUAUCUACGCCGCCGCCUUCGCCAACUACCUCGGCCCCUCCGACCCCGGCACCGCCAAGUGCUUGUUCUCCCUCGAAUUUCCCUCCGCCGGUUCCUCCGCCUCCAAAAGAAGAAAGCUUCUUUUUGGGCUUGUUUCUGUUGUCUGUGUCGUGGUUUUCUGCUUGCUGGCUUUCGGCUUUUGGGCUUAUCGCAAGUUUGAAAAGAAGGUGGCUCGGGAUAUGGAUGUUCGUGUUGUGGAAACCGGUUUCAUUUCUGGGUUGGAUUCCAUGGACCAGAGCACCACCUUGAUCAGGUUCACUUUCGAUGAUAUUAAGAAGGCAACUAAGAAUUUCUCCCGGGAUAACAUAGUUGGAAGAGGGGGUUACGGGAAUGUGUACAAAGGGUUGCUUCCUGAUGGGAGUGAGGUUGCUUUUAAGAGGUUCAAGAAUUGUUCGGCUGCUGGUGACGCGAGCUUUACUCAUGAGGUUGAGGUUAUUGCUAGCGUGAGGCAUGUUAACCUUGUUGCCCUGAGAGGUUAUUGUUCUGUCACGACUCGUUUAGAAGGUUACCAGAGGAUUAUUGUUUGUGAUAUGGUGAAAAACGGGAGUCUCCACGACCAUUUGUUUGGUUCCAAUGGGGUGAAACUGAGUUGGCCAAUUCGUCAGCAGAUUGCUCUAGGCACCGCUAGAGGGCUGGCUUAUUUGCAUUAUGGGGCUCAACCUGCAAUCAUUCAUAGGGAUAUUAAAGCAAGUAAUAUACUUUUGGAUGAUAAGUUUGAAGCCAAGGUUGCUGACUUUGGACUGGCGAAGUUUAACCCUGAGGGGAUGACGCAUAUGAGCACUAGGGUGGCUGGAACCAUGGGGUAUGUUGCUCCGGAAUAUGCUUUGUAUGGACAGUUGACAGAGAGAAGUGAUGUGUUCAGUUAUGGGGUUGUGCUUCUUGAGCUUUUGAGUGGUAGGAAGGCGCUUCAGAUGAACAAUGAUGGUCAACCAUCUGCUUUAACCGAUUGGGCUUGGUCAUUAGUUAGAACCGGAAAGGCUUUGGAUGUAAUUGAAGAUGGCAUGCCACAACCUGGUUCACCACAAGUUCUCGAGAAGUAUGUGUUAAUUGCUGUGCUUUGCUCUCAUCCACAGUUGUAUGCUAGGCCAACAAUGGAUCAGGUUGUUAAAAUGAUGGAGACCGAUGAAUCAGUGCCCUCAAUACCCGAACGCCCAAUCCCUUUUGUCGCUGGGAGGCUUGAUAUUGACAGAUCUGUGAGCAGUAGUGGCUCUGGUCAGCUCUCUAGUCCAACGGGUUAUCAAACAUAUACUCUAGAAAGUGAUAGCCAAUUAACUAAUUCUAGGGAAGAAAGAAGCUCCAGCUCCAGGGUUUUGUGUACAGAUUGAGAUUUUGAGUGUCGGGAUAAAUUGUUUGUAGAUUUAGAUUAUAGAAUACUGUUUUGUUUCUUCAAGUGGGUUCUGUUACAAAGCCAAAUUGGAUGUACAAAUUUUGGUUCUUGCUAGAGUUUGCAUAAUGGCAUCAGAAGAGUAUGAUCAAGUUUAGGUGAAUUAAGUGAAUCACUGCUGUAUCAUAAGCAACUUCCAAUUCAUUUUAAGUAUGUUUUAGUGCAAUAAGUGAUGGCAUUUUUAGCUGA